CCAGAGGAGGCUACAGGCAGCGAAGGGUUAAUACUACUGAAGGCAGAAUUCUUCUCUGAAGGUUGCGACAUGUUCACACCUGUCCUCAUCGUGGAUCCCUGAAUGUGCAGAUCCCACUGCCAUGUGACUGGCGUUGCGCUCAUCUGUCUCGGAGCCUCCGUACAGAUGAAGUUGUCGGAUGUUUCGGUUGUCGUCGUUGAGACCUCGUCUGGAGCCCCCAUGGUCCUGACUGUCGUAGGAAUGGUCAUCUUCUUCCUGUGCGGGUUUGGCGCUGUGGCUGUAAUCAAGGAAAGCAGCGUCCUGAUAAAAAGUUUCACAGGGAUUAUGCUCCUGGUUUUCGCUGCAGAGAUCAUCGUCGGGAUGUCGGCCUAUUCCUACAGAGACCAGCUACAACGUAACGUGCUGAGCAGAUUGCUGAAGGUUCUGGACAAGUAUGGGGUGGAGAAGCCGAUCACCCGCGGGGUGGACGUGCUGCAGCAGGAGUUCCAGUGCUGUGGGGCGAAGAAUUUUACCGACUGGUUCAACAUGUCCUCCGGGAUCCAUCAGAACUCUGUUCCCAGCAGCUGCUGCCGGGUCGUCCAGCAGACGUGUGGGGAGGACGCCCUGGAGCACAGCGAGCGGCUGUACCAAGAGGGCUGUGUGCUGAAGAUGAAGAUGUGGAUCGGGGAGCACUUUAACGUCAUUGGCGCAGUGGGCAUCGGUCUAGGCUUCACACAGAUACUUGGCAUCCUCUUCUCCUGUCUGCUGGUGAGGACCUUGCAGGAGAAGUACGUGUCCAUGUGAGCGCCCAUUAAUAUCACUUCUGUCCUGUAAAUAUUUGAUGUGCGGAGCCCCGGGCGCAUCUGCGUCACGUGUCAAUAAACCAUUUA